AUGCCGAUAAGAUGUUUUGAAAACAAAUUUGAUCUUAUAAAUAUUUUAAGUUUAAAGUGUCAAAACUGUAUUUUAACACAUGUCACACAUUUGGGCAAUAAUGGCUCUCAGUAUAAACAUCAAAACCACAAAACUCAAAAUAUAAUUUACCAACCAAAGCCAACAGUUUAA